AUGGACCCAUGUGAAGGCCCUUCCCACACAGCAGAGAAACAAUUCGACGUUCAUGCAGGCAGAAAUGCCUUCAGAAGGCAGAUAUCAGAAAGAGCUUCGCAAAUGAUGGGAAAACAAAUAGAAUUAAUGGAUGUUGACGAAUUGAGAAGGCAACAAUUCGCCAUCAAAAGUUUUACAGAAUCUGUUGAGGAGGAUUUAGAUGAAGACUGGCAAAGACGGCAUUUUACUACAACUAGAGGCGAAAUUGAUAGUGGAAUGAAAGAAAGCAGUACAGAUGAAACAAUUAUUGAAGUUACUCGUCGUGUUGACCCAACAAAAGGAGAAACACAAAAAUAUACAAUGCGUGUAUCGGGCCCAGAAUUAGUAGAUCAAGAAUUUGAGCUUCAUAAGAGUCUAGUUCACAGUGCUAGUGGGGGCGAGUUUGUGGAAGAUGAGGAAGAAGCACAAACUUCAAAUUCUAUCUUCACCCUUCCAUCAACAACACAUGACAUAAUACCCACAAAAAAAUCUGUUAAAAAGUCAUCAUCGACUGUUGUUCGGGGAAAGGAAGAAGAAGCCUGCGCAAGCUAUUUUAAAUCUGCGUCGAUGAGUACUAGACCACGUUCCUCCACUACAACAGAGGAAUAUCCCGUAGGCACCAGUUUCGCUCCCCGACCAAGAAAUUCAUCUCCAAGGCCCAGACUUUCACUUACACCCAACACAACAUUGGAAAUUGAAACAACAAAAUUAGAACCAACAAAUGAUUCUUUUACUAAUAUUGAAAAAAUAAGAGUUGUGUUACCCCCAAAGUGCAAAAAUUUAAAAUCUUCUCAAAGGCGAUAUUCAACUGGGCCGGAAGAAUUAAGUUGUCGAAGCCCUACAAUGACCCGACUUCGUUGUGAUUCUACUGCUGCAGCCUAUCAUUAUCACCAACCUGGAGAGGAUAUAAUCGAAUCAAACCCGGAAUAUGCCCGGAAAGCACCUAAAAAGCCGGUAGUUCAUAGAAGACAAAGUCGGGGUGACGACUGGGAAAAUUUUUCUGAGGAAGAACAACAACAAGCACUUUCCCUUGGUGAUACAGAAGAUGAGUCUGUUGCUACAGAAAACUUGGAAUUAGCCAAACAAUUGCAACAACAAGUACACAAAUUAAUUGACGAAGUUGAGCAGCAUAGACAACAACUUGAAGAAGAGGUUGAACAACAAAUAAUGGAUUCCUCGGACAAGCCCCAACCUUCCAAUAUUUCAAACAUUCAACUCCCCCCACUAUCCGAUUCUAGCUACGAAAAUACUUUUGAAACACCAGCACAUUUUGCUUCAGAAAAUUUUGCUAGCGCCCAUCAAAAUAAUCAAGCAAGUAAUGCUCCUAUAAGAACUGUGCCAACUCAAAUGAGCGAAGAAAUUGUGGAAUCUAGAGAGGAAGCACAUUGGAGCACAAAAAUGGAAUUUGCUUCAGAAUCGAAUAAAGCAACAAUUAAAGAAGCUGGAAAUCCUUUCACACUAGAAGAAACUCAAGCUUCUCAAUCCCAAUAUAUAACUGAUUCCUCCAAUUUAUUUUAUAGUAAUGGGAUGGGACAACAAGAAUAUCAACAACAAAGUUAUACUGAGAGUGGCUACUAUUAUGGAAAUGAGACGGCUAAUACUGCUGCUACAGCAGAAGGGUAUGCUUCAAAUUAUCAAGAUUAUUCUUAUGCCCCUUCAACUUAUGAGACAGGCAGCUAUUAUUCCACAGAUUAUGGAGCUAAUAAUCCUUAUGGAGCAGUUCCUCCCACAUCAGUAGAUAUUUACCAAUACAAUUAUAAUUAUGAUGGGCAAUAUGCUGCUGUAUCAGAUCAACCAAUAGAACAACAAAUACCUGUAACAGCACCAUAUUCUGGCCUAAAUCCUUUUAGUGAGGAUGGAAAUGCUGUGCCCUACCAAUCCGAUCUCCCACCUCAAACAAAUGAAACUCCUGUUGAUGUUUCAGUUUAUGGGUCACCUCCUCGUGCUCCUCCUCUCCCGCCUCCCCCUGCUAUUGCUGCAGGACUUGGACUUCCAGGAUUGACUCAUAAGACAAGAACACAUGAUCCAUUCUCUUGGGAAGCACAAGAAAGUGAAAUUGAGCAGCAUGGAGGAGCUCCUUUGCCUCCAAGGCCUCCUCCAAGGACCUCUGAAGACACUGUGCAACAAAAAGAAGAUGAAACAGCAAAAAGGACAGAGCCUCCAGCACGGCCCAAAAUCCCUCCACCAAGUCGACCACCUGCUCCAACUGCAGCAAAAAUUCCAGAUAACCCUCCUAGCAACGGUUCACCUUCUGUAGUAGAGAGAAAACUUGAAAAUAAUGAAGAAGAGACAGAGAUUAAAGAAGAAAAACAUGAGGAUGAAGAAGAUCCGUGGGCACGCUUCAAUAAGAUGACUGAGAAGGUUAAUAAGGCUGUUAAGAAUACCGGUGAAAGGCUUGGUCAACUAGGCGAACAAUCAGCAGCUUCCGAACUACAAGACGACCAGCAAGUACAAAGCUAUUUAUCAACUGUAGGUGGGACUACCAUGCAACUGACCGCUUUACAACGCCAACAGAUUUUAGAGCAAGAAGCACACCACAAAAAAAUGAAAGCUGAAAAACGGCAAAAGAAGCUAGAAAAACUUGAAAAAGGAUUUGGUUCAAAAAUUGGAGGGGUUUUAGCUGCUGGAAUUAAUGCUGGGAAGGAAGUUGCAUCUGUUGCUAAAGGAAAGGAGAAGAAGCGAAAGGAAAAGAAAAUUGAAGAAAAAUACGAUCCUAAAAUGGAAGAGGAUAUGGAGAAGGCUGCUACUGAGUUGGCUAAGAAGAUUGCUGCUCAGCACGGAUUUAAGUUGGGGAAUGAGGAAGAGGAAAAUGGAAGCAAGGUGAAAGAGGAAGAUGAAGAGGAAGAGAGCGAUGAAAGCGAGGUUGAGCAACAUGAAGCUGAAAAAGUUGAAGCAGAAACAAAUUCGGAAGCAGAAGCAAAUUCAGAAGCAGAAGCAAAACAAGAAGCAGAAGCACCUCCAUCAAAAAAUUGGGCGGCCGCUUUUGAAAGUGCUUCAUUGCUUCCUCCUUCUGAAUCUGAUGUACACUUGGCAGAAGUACUAACCUCUGAAAUAACAGAUCCCUUCGAUACAAGUCGGGCCAAAAAUUUGGCUUUGGGAGGUGGUGGAGGUGAAAGGGAGGUGGAUCCGUUUGCCCCACUUUCUCAGCAAGAUAGACAAAAGAGUGUUAUUGAUGAUCCUUUUGAUGUCCGUCCAAUAGAGGAACUCAUUGCUGAAGCACGCCAACAAGCAGAAAUGGAAAGGGCUAGGAGAGAAGCUGCAGGAGAAGCUGGGGAAUAUAUAGAAGAAAAUGAGGGAGGUAUUAGAAGACCUACUUCAUCUAGACUUUCAACUCCAACUCAAGAAGGUGGUAGUCCGGUAACGCCGUCAAUGGUGCGUCCUGUUGGAUUUGAAGACGAUUUUAAGAAUAUGGCCAUCGAUGAACAAACUCCUCUAUAUGACGAAGAUGAUUCUCAACCUCUUUCUGAGUUUCCUCCGCGUUUUACCGGGGAUGGCUGGGAGCUUUUGCUACGAUAUCCACCAAAAAAGAAGCUGAUGGCUGAUCGUUAUUGGAAACCUAUUUUUGUUCGACUUAAUGGGAAUAUGCUUUCUUUGUAUGCAAAUGCGCAAGAGACUAGGCCAUCUCAGGAAAUUUUACUACAGGCCAACUAUUCAUUAUCCGACCCAACAUUACAAGCUUAUGAUAUUUACGGCAAAAUACACACAGUCAAGCUACAACAUAUUCUGUACAGAGAACGUGUGGGUAUACGUCCAGGCCAAAUUUCCAGGCUUGUAGAAGGACACAUUACAAAAUAUGGACUUCCCCUUGAACAUGCAGCACAAUGCAACGUUAUAGCGAAGUUUGGGUCGUUGGAUGCUUCUACUGUUUUGAGUUUUACGAGAGCUGUGGAAGACGCUCUAUUUAUAUGUCCUAGCAAAAGAGAGUUUACUGCAGCAAAUGCACCGUUAUAUAGACAGGAUGAGGUUCAGAUUCAUUGUUAUGACGAAUACGAAGCAAGGAUUGACCGUGAAGGUUUUGUUCAUGAUCAAAAAGCACGUGUUCGCCUUUUCUGCCUUGCUUUUCUUACUGGUACAACGCCCACCUUAGAGAUUGGAUUAAAUGAUCGUCGACGUGAAGGGAAAGAAAUAGUUAGAAGAAAAGACAUUUUGCCAAUGUACACCGAAAGAUGGAUACGUUUUGAGGCUCCAGAGUUCCACAGUACUGUAGAAAAGUCUGUCUGGGAAGAAGACCAAGUAGUUAGACUUGUCCCUCCGGAUGGCUGCUUCUUCGAAUUAAUGCGCUUCAGAAUCAGACCUCCUAAGAACCGAGAAAAACCUCUCAGUGUAAAAUGCAUAAUGCGUCUGUCUGGGAAGCAAGUAGAAAUUCGGAUAGAAACUGCAGCAGCCCUACAUCAACAAUGUGCUAAAGGAACAGUGGAAUCUACUAGAUCAAUCCCUUGUGAAAAUAUUUGCAUCCGUUUCCCGAUACCGGAAGCUUGGAUUUAUAUUUUCCGCGAAGAGAGGCAUUGGGGUGUUGGUUCUGUUCACUCAAAGAUGAGAAAACCUGGAAAAGUUAAAAACUUGAAGGAUAAAUUAAUGGGGACCGUGCAGCAAAAUGAGCCUUGUUUAAUUGAGGUGUGUUUUGAGUUUGUUUCAAGUUUAUUAUUCUAUCACAAUCUUAAGUUUAUUUUUGGUCGCAAUCUUAAUUCAAGUUUAUUUUUUUACAAUUCUUUUCAAGUUUACUUUCAUUACAACCCUAUUUCAAGUUUAUUUUUCUAUCACAAACUUGUUUCAAGUUUAUUUUCUUAUUACAAUCUUAAGUUUAUUUUUAUUCUAAGUUGCAAUCUUAUUUCAAGUUUAUUUCUUAUUCCAACUUGA